GAGAGAGAGAGAGAGAGAGAGAGAGGAGAGAUGGAGGAAGAGAUGAAGAAGCUGACCAAGAGCUUGGGAGGAUUCUGCAACCAUCUUCAAAGCAGCUGCGAAGCUUUUAGCCAUUCUCUCCAGCGUCGUCCCAUCCCUCUCGAUUCGGCUUCUUCCACUUUCAUUCAGGGCCUUAAUCGUCGCCUUUCCGUGGCCGGAACCGAUCUCAAUUUGCUUGAAUCUAUGUCCUUCGGCACCAUCUCCUUUGAAGAGCUUUUGGGUCACUGCAAUCAGAUAUUCAAAAAGAACCACGGCGAUAUUCUGGUUCUCCAGGACCGACUUACGAGCUUUGGUUAUGUUCCUGAAACUGAAACUGAUGAUGACGGGGACGUGGGAUCUGACUUGGGCGCUUCUCAUCCUGUCGAUGUGGAGAAUUGGGAUGAGGAUUUGGACCCGCCUUCACACCCGCAUUCAAUCAUAAAGGGAUUAGAGGAGGACUCUCUUUUAGAUGAAUCCCUGAGCUUGAAGAACCUUGGGCUUUCAGAUGCUUGUCUUGCUACUUUAGCAUCUGUAGCUAAUGAUGUGAUAAAGGAGCCUGACAUUGUGCAAAUACCAGUGAAGGGCAAACCAUUUGACACAAGAGAAUCAAUGCAAAGCGUUCCAGAGACUUCAGAGCUUUCUGAUGAAAAGGUACAGACAAAAACAGAGACGGGCAGGACUCCGGGGCAAAUGAUAGCAGUAUCAAAGGAAGAGUAUGAAAAUCUUCCCCCUUACAUGAAAUGCCUAGCAGCAUGGGAGGAUUUGCUCUGUGCUGUGGAGAAAAUGAACUCAGCCCUCGGCACAAAAGAGAAAACUAGGGGAUGUUACUACUUCCGUGGGGAUGAGAUUCAGACCAUAGGCCUCGGGAACAAGGAGAAAGCAUACAUGCUGAUGCUUAUGCGGAUGAACAGGUUGGUCGUGGAAACCACUGACGGCAUCAUAUCUUACCGAGUUGUAUAGCCAAUUGGAUGCAAUCUUCUUCUUGGAAUUCUGUUAAAUUAUACAGAAACUUUUCAAAGAAACCCCUUUGGAUCCGACAUGAUGAAACAAAAGAUCCAUUCAAGAUCGAGCAACUUGGUAUUUGGCUCUCAAUCUUGGUUGUCUUCUUCAAGCUAAGUGAAGGGUUCUCUCUCUGUUACCUGAGGGAGUGGACAAGUUUCUUUUGUUUUUCAUCGGUUUGUUUGUUUUUGGUUUGGUCUUCGAUUUGAUUAAUUGGUUUGUAUUAGGGAUUUUCGAUUUGGGAAUGAACUAAUGUUGGGUUUCUUUCGAUUCA